AAAAGCAAAAUUAGGGAAUACCAGCUCAGUAUAUCCAUCACUCACAUCCAAAGACACCUCCACCUACGAUGAGGAUUUUGGGUGGUAAAGCCAUGACUUUUGCGGUUAUACUGGAAUGACAGCGUUCAGAAAGAACUACUCCGUUGCACCUUUUCUGCAAAAUAGACACAGAAACAGAAAAGAUGCGGAGAGAGAAGUCCGGGGGACCUUUAAAAAUAGUGGCUCCAUGUUCGGAGCGAUAUAGGAGCACCAAAGAUUUAGUUAGCGGUAUGACAAUUGAUAGGCUCCCUAUCGCCUCAAGAGCUUGGCUUUUCUUUUUUUUCUCGGCCGCAACGCAACUCCCGGUCUAGCCAACUCAGUUGAUCGGCUAUUACCCCCGGAAAAUCAUAUGUUGAUAUAUUUACCCCCAUAGCAUCGAAUAUGCAUUGAUCAUUAUCCGUUGGAAUGUGAUUUUGUUUAUUGUUAAAUAGACUCACAAUUGAAUGCUUGUCAACCUUCCCCCGCGAAAGGAUAUAUAUCGGCCCGAAGAUCCUCAAAACCACGGCAAUUGAAUGAAUAUCGUAUAAUUACCACAUCCCACGCCCUUAAUCACUCAGCAUGAGCGCGUCCCGAGUAGGCCGGGCCGCACUGAAGGCCAAAGUGCCUGUUACCGGUCCUAAAAGGACCGGCAGUAAGAUUCCGGUCGAUGGUCCUGGCAAGAAACCGUCAGCAGCAUCGCCGCUGCCAAAGCGGGCUAAUCCACAUCUCCUGAAUCUUCAAGAGGCACAGCCCCGCAUGUCUCCUAAAGUAAUGACCAUUCUAGGGGUCGGUGUCCUCGGCAUGAGCACAUACUGUGGGUAUCUAUACGCCUCCUACAGACGGGAAGUGACCCAUGCGCAGUCUAUGGACGUGCCCAGGGAUGUAUCUGAUCGAUACAACCAGACAGCUAGGACCUUCGACGCAGAUGUCGAAAUGUCCGAGAAGCUGAUGCGGAUGGGGAAGAAGCGGCGAGAUCUUGUCCAGAAGGCCCGUGGAAAUGUGCUCGAGGUGAGCUGUGGCACGGGUCGAAAUCUGGAAUAUUACGAACUUGGACAGCAGAGAAAACCUAAUGAGAGGGGGCAAGUAGAGCUUCAGGGAUGCCGCUCCGUUACGUUUGUCGAUCUCAGCCCGCAGAUGGUAGAGAUCGCGCGAGGCAAGUUCCAGAAGUUGCAUCCCGGUUUCAAGGAUGUCAACUUCCGGGCACAGGAUGUGAAGGACGUUGCUCCUCCGACGACUGGGGAUAAGCAGGCUUAUUUUGAUACGAUCGUACAGACCAUGGGAUUGUGUUCAAUGCCAGACCCUGUUGGCGCCCUUCACCACCUGGGGUCCAUCACCGAGCCGGAAAAGGGACGGAUUCUGCUUUUAGAGCACGGCCGGUCGCACUAUGACUGGCUGAAUCGCAUCCUUGACAAUCUCGCACCCGCCCAUGCGGACCGCCAUGGGUGUUGGUGGAACAGGGAUAUUGGAGCGAUUGUCCGGGAGAGUGGUCUGGAGGUUGUUGAGGAGAAACGGUGGCAUUUCGGAACUACAUGGAAAUAUGUGCUGAAACCAGCACGUGGUAAUUAAGAGGUCAGGUGUAGGCAGUCUUGUAUAUUAACCGUCCUGUAACAUAGACAGCAUGGGUGUAGUACCCUAGCAAAUAACUUAGAGAACUCUAGAGAGGUCACUACGUUUCGGUUUCGAUGUACGCGAUGAGGCUACGAGAGCGACGUGGGUAACUAUAGAGAUAUUGGUAUACAUAAAUUAUUUAUACAUUCC